GUGACACAGUUUUUGCAGCAUCAGUAUGCGCUGAAGCAGCAGGCGCGGUCCUUCCAUGUCCGCGUUCCCCUGCUGGACCUUCUGUCGCGCCCGCUGUUCAAUGAGCUUCAGUUCGAGAGGAACAGAGUUUCACUCUGCAAGCUCCGAGUCGUCCUCCGCACUGAGGUGUAUCUCUACAUGUACGACAUCUCGGCCGGACUUGCCAGAAGAUGGACUUCUUUCAAGACAGUCAAAUCUCAGUGCUGGGAUUUGUUGCAGGGCAUUUGGCACACAGGGGUUGUGGUGUGCUGGCCGACCAAGUUCCCUAGCGCCGGAACGCAGUAUUGGCAAGGAGAGAAGAUCAACGUGACGACAGGAUCCAGGAACCUGGUUGAGAAGAGGUUUCUUGGAUACACUUCAGGGUCCACCGGCCUGCGUGUCAGAUUUCGUGAAAAGGCAGCAGGCGAAGCCAAUGAACUACCACUUGCUGAACAACAACUGCAACCACUUCUCGGAUGCAGCUUCCAUGUUCCUGUUGGGCAAGCACAUCCCUGA